AAUCAUCUGCUAUCCUGCAGUUUCUGUCUUGUUCCUUGUGUAAACGAGGAGUGUGAUGCUGCCAUCAAAAGGCAUGAAUUGGAAGAUCACGUGAUUAACAAUUGUGAAUGGAGUAUGGUUGCGUGUGAUUAUUGUUGUGAGCAACAUCCGAAAUGUUUGAUGCAGGUAAUUCAUUAUACUUUGAGAUUUCCUCGUACAGAGCAACAAAUUUGAAACCAUGGAAGGCAGUGACCAUCAUUACGGCACAAGACAGCACUAAGUGCUUGUGGGGACUCAGAGGGCAGUGGUAUCUACCAUGGUUUGGAAAGAACAGUUUGCAAAGUCUACUUUCCUCAAGGGAUUCUCGUUCUUAGGCCUCUCUUGUCCUAAGGAGUGGAAGAAGGAGAGAUCCUGGGAAAGAGUUUGAUAUAUUUAUGUGCCAUGUUGUAAUGCUGCUAGCACAAUGAAUAAUGAUUAGAAGAUUUUUAGUGGACCAGUCUAUUUAAACAAUUAUGGACGUAUUUAUCUUAUUCCCCUCAGAGGCAUAUGGACGAUUGUACAAAGAUGCCACUGGAAUGCGCAAAUGGUUGUGGUGAAAAAAUCGUGCGAGAAAAGGUAUGCGGAAAGUGGUCAGUCAACGCGGUAUUUCAUUGAAAUAUUGAUCUUCUAAAUAAAUCUUUUCUUUACGAUAGAGUGAGACCCAUAAUGACACCGAUUGUCCACUGGCCACGAUCUCCUGUCCAUAUGUUGACAUGGGGUGUACCACCAAGGUAAUUUACCGAUAAUCACUUUUCUUCUGUCAUUUAUCACACCACUAGAAAGUAAUUGAAAUUGGACACGAAAGCUGGUCACUUAUAAAACUACUGUAAAUAGUUACAUAAGCUUCCCUGUGAAUUGUUUUAUUAUUUAAAACCAGCAUUUUUUCUUUAACAAUGAGUAUGUACUAAUGUUAUUCAUUCGAAAUUUACCAUUUGAGUUAUGGGGCGACAAUUUAGCUAGAAUUUUUGUCGUAUCAGUUGGAAGCCCUUUUUGGUCAGCCCAGAAGAUGAGAAUUGUAUUUACUCGACUAUAGUAAUCAUGAUAAUAUUAAGGCGGGGGGGCAGCAUUUUCCUGGACGAGCGCACUCGUAAGCUAACUGUUUUUUGUGGAAAAGUGUCCUUAUGCUUCGCACUGCUCCGCUUUGCGUAUAGUGGACUAUCAGAGUCAUCGUCGCGUUCGUAAACCGCGGCUCAGAAUUGCAGUGUUUAAUAUACCUGAAAAACAUUGUCCUUUAGAAAGACAGAUUUACGAGAUUGCCUCUGACAUUUUCUGCUCUUGUUUUUUUAAUGAUAGUUUGAAGUACUUUUCUCCCUAUGUGCGACGUUUAUCCGGGGAAUGGGGGAGAUGGGGGGCGAUCAUGGGUGCAAACAAGGCCCAUCUGCUCCGCAAUAUCUCAGCUGUUAGUCACAUGUAGUUCUCCGUAUCCUUUAUCCCUCGUUUUAGAUGCUAAGAAAGGAAGUCCAACUGCAUCUUCAGACAGCUAUCAGAAUCCACUUUGAAAACGCCUGCAGAGUUUUCAAGGAGACCAAUUCCAAACUUGAAGAGAAAGUAAGCGCACUUGAAUUGAAGCAAGCGGAAAUUGAUCAGGAGAAAUCAACUCUGCAAAAGCAAGUACGGGAAUUGAAAUUCGCCAAUGCCGUCCUCGAAGCAAAGGUAACCGCCCAGGAGAAAAAUGUGUCAGAAUUAAAAAGCGGAAAAUUUGCGUGGAGGAAAAUGAAUUUCAGCGUCAUCUUAAAAAAUGCCAAGAGUGGGUCUGGGAAAGAGAUAUACAGUUCUCCAUUCGUAACUGCCGUGGCCUUUUCGCUGCAACGUCACAUUGAUCAAAAAGACAGGAUGAAUGUGUCCGAGCGCUUCAUCAAUCGUCCUAUUCAAAGACCGAAUUCAGAUGCUUACAUCAGUACCAUCGGCAGUAGGAGAUUUAUAUCCCACAAGAAUCUGAUGACAUCACAGUACCUUGUUGAAGACACCAUGUUUCUUCAAGUGGAGGUUUGUCCACGCCUCUGAACACAAUUCUAAAACAGGGAGAUGUUGGACUAGAAUACUACAAAAUGACAGAAAAUAAAACUAUAAACCUUAAAUAUUUGGAUUACUUAAGAUGGCCACGCAUAAAUUGCAUAUAUAGA